ACAGAUAACAAUAUGGCAUACGUGAUGUAUCGCGAGACAACGCUUGGUACAGCGUUAAAUCGAACCCUUGAAGAGUUCGUUGAAGAAGGUUUGAUCACUAGACCCCUUGCAAUGAAGGUGUUGACAACAUUCGACAAAAACAUCAAUAAAGCACUCGCAUUCCGGGUGAAGAAUAAAGUACAAUUCAAAGCAGACAAAUUAGUAACCUAUCGAUACUGCGAUAAUGUUUGGACAUUUGUCAUUGACGGAGUAGAAUUCAGGGACGUGCACAGAUCAAUCGAUCGUACUGUAAACAGAGUAAAAAUAGUAGCAUGCGAUGGACGUGCUCCAGGAUUAGCUGGAACGACAAGUGGUCCAAUGUAAUCGCUUGGUAUAACAGCACGAAUGGGUGUAUCAUAGAAUCAUCUCACAUCUUCAUCUCAUAAUAUUGCAGGUCUUUUAGCACGUGUUGUAUAAUACGGUUAUACAUGUUUCUCCAAUAAACUUUCACCUAUA